UAGGCCUGCGUGACUGCAAGUUACACCAUGGCACGGACAGUGGCGAUAAGUUUGACAAAUGAGAAUGAUAAGAAUAUGGCAAAUAUUAGUCCAUGUUUGUAUUAUAUCCAUCCUGGAUUUUGCGGGCUACCGGAGACAUGAAAGAUAGGUGGGCUGGGCAUACAGACUGUAGCCACUUUAAUAAUCCGGAAUGUGCCUAAUAUAAUGAUGGAUACACUUCAACCACAUUUCUAUUCGACAUUUUAGGUUUUGUGACGUCAUUACGUCCAGCUGUUUUAUCGACACAACAGUUUAUGGAAACGCACAGUGGUAGGCAAUUGUCGCGUCUGUCUGUGAAUUAAAUGUCGAGAAAAAAAAUCACUGGAAAAGUUCAUGGAAACAUAGCUAUUGCAAGUUUUGAUUACCUAUGUAAUUGCUUUCCUGUUAUAAAGAUGUUGUGGAUUUGUUUUCUUCUUUCUUUCUUUCUUUCUUCCUAGUGUAGUAGUUAACAUACCAUAGCAGACUGGCACCAACACUUUGGCUAAUGUUUACCUGUGAGGGUUGCCCUUCAUUUCAGACACAGGUUGACUUUUUAUUUUAGUUAACCAGACAAGUCAGUUAAGAACAAAUUCUUAUUUACAAUGAUGGCCUACCCCGGCCAAACCCGGAUGACGCUGGGCAAUUUGUGUGCGGCUCUAUGGGACUCCCAAUCACGACCAGAUGUGAUGUAGCCUGGAAUCGAACCAGAUACUGCAGUGACGCCUCUUGAACUGAGAUGCACUUGGGAGCCUGAGUGACUGGUGUCCCCUGAAAGCAGAUCUGGGACAAGGCACAUUUCCCUAAACGCUUCUCACUCUUUUUUUAUGACACCAUUUCAUGGCUCAAAUGGAUUGCUUAAGUUACUAACACUCAAUUCCUCAGUGAGAUAAACUCAAUUGUAACUGUUAGUUAGUAAGCAAACAGAGAAUCCAAAACUGCCAAUGAGAGGAGCCACAGGGCUUAAAUAAACAUAAGUCUAUUUCCAUGGCUCAAUAAUAAUACUUUACAUAGUAUAAUAUGUUUUUACAUAUAAUAAUGUUUUAAAUAAAAAGUUGUACAUAUCAUUAUUUGCUGUGUAGGCCAACGCUAUUUUGGAGCAGACUUGUCAUGGAAAAUGAACAUCCUCCAACCCCAUAACAAACAUGAUGAAAAACAAAAGAACUAGUUCCAUUAACUUUCAAUCACUGUUGCUAUAUUCAUUCCAUGACCAAGGUAAUGAUCCAUCAUGCAGAAAUCAUUUGCCCAUGUGUUUUUUCAGUGCUGGUACAGAAACCCAACCUGUACUAUAUUAAGGAAUGGUUGCUAGACCUGAAGCAUGUACCAGUGAGGCUUUUUUUAAGAUGACCAAUUAAAUAGAUGUAAAAUGCCUUCGCUGCUCAUUUAAUUAAAAUGUGCAUAAUAGAAGUACUCAAGGACAUUUGAGAAGUGCAGUAUCCUGUCCAUUACCCCAUAGACAGGAAGCACAGCAGUGCCCUAUGAUUUGAGUAAACACAGCGAGUGAAGAAGCACAAUAUCGCCUUGUUCAAAAAGGUAGUUCAGGCACAUUAGCAUAUAGGCCGACAAUAGAUCUGCAUUAGGUCUACUGGCCUUGAACAGGUUUGUGUUCCACUCACUCGGCAACAUUUAUUUUCCUUUCCUUGCAGUCAUGUUUUUAAAUCCUGUGAGUUGCAGUGCUGGGGUUCAGGGAUUUUAAACCUCAGAUUCUAUGAGGUUGUGUGGGCUUCAAGUCAUAAAUUGCACUUAUUCCGUGGCCCAAGCUGUGACAUGAAAAUAAACAGCAACUCAGAUACUUGUAGGGCCCUUUGUUGUUAUUGUUGUUGAUUAAAGGUCAAGUUGUGCAACACAGACCAAUUCACUACUGAUAACAUAUUUGGCAGAUAGCAUUUCUCGGGAUAAUGGUAUGCUAGACGAGCCUAUACCUUGUAGAGAUACUGCUUUAGUCUGCUUACCUUGGGUUUUUCUUCUGCUAUGCAAUAAUGCCAGUCUCUUUGCAUUACUUUUUUUUUUACAUGCAGCUACUACCAUCAUGCAAAUGUAGAAGGUAUUAUUCUGUACAGAUUUUAGGUAGAGCAGGUAACAUCAACUGCUUGUUAUGGGACUAGGCCCACUUUCGAGUCGCUUUUCUUCUGAGGACACUCCCUACCACUGUCCGACGUCACCGACCAGGAUUGAAUGGUCUCUGUAAAAAUACAUGGAAUUGAUGAAAGGGAAAGGCUCAGGGCUGUACGAAACAUCAUCGUUUUUUCUAUUUGUAUUAUAGACAAACGUGUAGCGGAAUAAUCGACAUUUUCCUAUUCAUGAAGGCACACGGAUGACGAGUUUUUCCGUUUUGUAAAGUAAACAUGCGAUUGGUGUUGCGUGUUUUUCGUGUUGUUGUUUUUUUUGCGAGUGAGAGAUAACUGUAUUCAUGUCUAGCGGAUUGGAAUGAAAGUCCGCCAUAUUCUGCUUUACCACGCCCGGGAGUCAAGCUAUUGGAAAUAAAGGGGACACGUUGUUUCAUGUAUUUUUUCAUCAAACGGAUGAUAUGAUAGGACUAUAUUGGACGUAGGAUAUGAAGACAUGCCUUUUAAUAAAAGACGUGAAAAGGAUGACUGGACAAGAAUGAGAAUGCUUAUCACAAAGACUACGGACGGAUCUGUUGAUCAUAUUUAGAAGAGAAUUCACACUACCCAUUACCCAAUUAAAAUUGUACUGACAUUAAGUUAACUCCCCGAGCCACUGUUUUCUGACUGACAGGCGACCAGAAAGGACACGAAACGGGGGGCAACACAAAUAUAAAUUUUAUUUGAACCACAUCUAGGUUAUGUCCUAUUUAUAUUAAACGCGUCCGUGUUUUUUCGCCAGCUGCUAGGGCGUGAUAUGAUAUUCGUUAACUGUUAUAAUUUAUUGCAACUGGAAUCUACAUAAAGAAGCAGGAAAAGUAAUUUUAAAAGAAUGACCCUUGACUCCAUAAUGGCGUGUUGCCUCAGCGAGGAGGCGAAAGAAGCCAGGCGGAUCAACGACGAGAUCGAAAGGCAGCUCCGCCGGGAUAAGAGGGAUGCUCGGCGGGAAUUGAAGCUGUUGCUUCUCGGUACUGGAGAGAGUGGGAAGAGCACCUUCAUUAAACAGAUGAGAAUCAUCCAUGGCACGGGCUACUCAGAGGAGGACAAGCGCGGCUUCACCAAGCUGGUGUACCAGAACAUCUUCACUGCCAUGCAGUCCAUGAUCCGCGCCAUGGAGACCCUCAUGAUCCCUUACAAAUAUGAGCACAACAAGGGCAACGCUAAUGUGGUCCAAGAGGUGGACGUGGAGAAAGUCUACACGUUUGAGAACCCCUACAUAAACGCCAUCAAGUGUUUAUGGAAUGACCCAGGCAUCCAGGAGGCCUACGAUCGGAGACGGGAGUACCAGCUGUCGGACUCUACCAAAUAUUACAUGAAUGCGUUGGACCGGAUUGCAGAGACCUCUUACCUGCCCACCCAGCAGGAUGUGCUGAGGGUUAGGGUCCCCACUACGGGCAUUAUCGAGUACCCCUUCGACCUCCAGAGUGUCAUCUUCAGGAUGGUGGACGUAGGAGGUCAGAGGUCAGAGAGGAGGAAGUGGAUCCACUGCUUUGAGAACGUCACAUCCAUCAUGUUUCUGGUGGCACUCAGCGAGUAUGACCAGGUGCUCGUAGAAUCUGAUAACGAGAACCGAAUGGAGGAGAGCAAAGCCUUGUUUAGGACCAUCAUCACAUAUCCCUGGUUCCAGAACUCCUCUGUCAUCCUCUUCCUCAACAAGAAGGAUCUGCUGGAGGAGAAGAUCAAUUACUCCCACCUGGUUGACUACUUCCCGGAGUAUGACGGUCCCCAGAGAGACGCCCAGGCGGGCCGCGAGUUCAUCCUAAAGAUGUUUGUGGACCUGAACCCGGACAGCGACAAGAUCAUCUACUCCCACUUCACCUGCGCCACGGACACCGAGAACAUCCGCUUUGUGUUCGCCGCCGUCAAAGACACCAUCCUGCAGCUCAACCUGAAGGAGUAUAACCUGGUGUGAAAGCCAUAGAGUUAGAAUCCUAGAAGGGACUUCUUCGGCAUGAGCGGAGCAUGACUGGGGCUGAGGCCCUUCUCCAACAUUGACUGACUGAAUGUCAAACUGACUGCCAAAACAAACAUCUAAUGGUUGCGUAAUGCUAAUUUAUUGCCAUUGUUGACCCUUCCUUUCUUUUGUCUAUUUAAAAGAAAAACAUUAUUGAGGGGGUUUGGGGGGUUUAAAUGUCGUUGUUGGAUAUGUACAGCACCGUUCCUCCAAUUGUUUUAGGCUAAGCGUUGUGACGUUUUAUUUUUAAGACACUCGAAGUGACAGCUGGGUUUUGUCCGCCUCUGAUCUUGAUUCCAAGGUGCUCCUGCCCUUUGUGUUUCUGAUUUGACCCAGUCGGUUCAUUCCACCGCCGGUCUGUGGCGUCCAUUCUUCUGCCUCACACUUAUUUUCCUCAGAAAGGGUGAAAAGGGUUGAUACUGUGAUUUUUUAAAAAUUUAAUUUAUGAUUGUUUUUCGUUAUUGCAUCAAAUGAUUUGGUAGCGUUUGACGUGGGAGUCGUUUGAGCCAAACAGCAGGGCAGGAGGUUAUCCAUGUAACUAGGUUGUGGAGUGAGCACCAUGAUACUCAUUGUCCAUCACAAACCCCGGGGUCAGGAAAAGGUUAUUGAUGAGACAGUGUUGAUGUCGCGCUGUGCCACGCGGACUUUUUUAAGGUCCUGUUUAUUUCCGAUGCCAAAAGGACGUACAGUAAGGUUAACUCGACGCUCCCCUUUGCACAGUCAACUAGAAAGUGUAUUGGAAGCAGGACGGGACACCAGCCUUUUGAAGGCACCAAGAGUUGCCAAUGCACACGUGACCAUUUUAAAGAGUUUCCCGUUUUUGGUUACGCACUCCUCCCCCAUCUCGUAUUCAUCGUUGAAUGCCAAAACCACUCGUUUGAGUCAGUAUGCCAAGCCUGACAAAACACACAUUCACUGGAGUUCAUAGAGUUGUUGUGUUGUUAAUGCCAAAUUGAGUGGCCGAUCGUUUUGUGGUCAUUGUAUGGAAAUUAUAAUACUAUUGACAGUAGAAGCUGAAGUCCUGUGGUGACCAGUUGUGACCAGUUGUGAUUAUGUGGUCGGUUGUAUUCCAUAGGCCUUUUUAUCCAAGUCUUGGGUUUGGUUCACCUUGCACAGUAUGAAAUUAUUUUCUUUUGACCAGACGGAGGCGGGGACCAGGGGGAUGGAGGACCUUGCUCUAUUAGUGAUGGGUAACACAGAUUCAGUUGUGAGAAUCUGCUUUUGUCAAGGGCUCUUCUUUCGUAGAGGGGCCGCUAGUCUUCUCUCACUGCCUGGACUGAGCUGGACCACCGCAAAAGCAGCUGUGGCAGCCAAUCACAGUGCUAGUGUCUCACAUAGACUGAGAAAUCACAAUGCAGCUCUGUCCUUUUGAUUGUCCAAUCACAGCCCAGCUGUCCGACUGUUUUGGUUUGUUAGCAGUGGAGAUGAUUAGCUGUUUCCCAUGUUAAAAGGGGCAGUGGCUCUGACUCCCAGUUAUUUCUCUGAGUAUGUACAUUUUUUGUAACAAUUCCCUAAACAUAACCCUGUAAUUGACAUUUUAUUGAGGUAUAGUGCAAUUAUGAAUGCUAUAAUCAUUUUACAUACAUCUCUCUCUCAUAUAUAUAUAUAUAUAUAUGGCAGCAUGCAUGUUGUCUUUGUAAUCAUUAUUUUUUGGCAGAUUGAAUGUGUGGUAUUGAAAAAAUGUAUCUAUGUAAUCGUAUUGUAUGUCUAAUGUAUGGCUAAUUCGUUUUGGGGGGGGAAAUAUUUACGUUUGUUUGUUUUUAAAAGGAGAAUGUAUAUGUUUUUGCCAGUUCAUUUCUCAACAACAAAUGAAGUGCAGUUUCAAACUGCUUAAGGAGCAAUUAAUAUGAUCUAAUGAAACGAUAUGCCAGAAGCUGCAAUCGCUUUUGCUAAUUGACUUUCGUAUAAAAAAAUGCAGACUCAAAUUACAGGGCUAAUUCCAUUGGUUUAAAUCUAAAUACUGGCUUCAGGAAAAGAGCACUUGUCAUGUAGGAAUGACCACAUCACACAUCCGACUCCUUUCUUUAUUUGACUAUAUUUGUUAGCUAUUUUAUUUAUUCAAACAGGGCCUUGGAGACAGCACUCUGCAGUUUCCCCAUUUCCCCUUGUCAUCCCCACACUGGGACUGCGCGUUCCGUUGGGGCUAAUUGUUCAUUGGCCAUUUAACGUAAUGCUGCAACCCCUGAGGUUUCUUAUGUUAACAUUUAAGACUGUGACCAGGAGAACAAUCCAUUCGCCUCUCAAAAACACCUUCCAGUGUCUUUUUGCUGUCGAGGGUCCACGAAAACCACCUCUACAUUCGAACCACCCCCUAGUCCCUACAUGCUUGAAUUUAUUCUGGGUCGUGUUCAUUAUGCAUGCAACAAAAACGUUGUUUUUUUAACAACAGAACAAGAAAAUUUGAGUUUUUCUUAUUCGACAAAGCCAGGUUUCAGUUGAUGUUUUACGUUUGGUGCCUAUUCAAUGGAGUUAAGAACGUAUUGUAAAUUCAUUCCUCGGCUAAUGGAGUUAACCAACUGGUACCUUUCGUGUAGCUCAAAUGGAAAGGACCAUGUUUCAAGAGCAGUCCGAGGCAAGUUCUGGGAGGCAGCGCUAUAUGCUAAGCUAGUACACUGAAUCCGGUUACACAUAAUAAACACGACCUAGUGCGUUCAGAUCUAUAAUACUGAAGGGGUAGGGGGCUAUGGGAUGGAACAUGUGGGCACCUGGGUGGGUGAUGGGUUAGAAUGCAGGUCGAGGACCAAAUGUGGCACUUGCCAAAAAAAGAAUGUGCACCACUAUCACAAUAUGCUAGGAACCCAAAUUUGUUUGAAUGGAUAUAUUAAUGGAUGGUACAUUAAUAAAAGCUAUUGAUGGCCAAUCA